CGCAUUAGUGUUAUAGCAAACAAGAAAAGGAAGAAGGAAGACGAAGAAGGCGCAUACUCUUUCCCUUUCUCUACUGAUUCCAGGUAGGAUAACGCAAUAGGGAGAGUAUGUUGGCCAGCAUUUUCAAGCCUGCGAACAAUAUAGAGUAUACGGAAAUCAGGCUCGGGCGCCAUCAAUGGGGGGACUUCUCUAUGGCGGCUGUUAAAUCCGAUCAUGAAGUACAAAGCCAUAGCCAGGUUGAGUCGGGGUCAAUGAGAUUGCAUCCGUCAAGCCCUUAUGGUACAUUCGUUGGAAUCUACGACGGUCAUGGUGGUCCCAAUGCUUCCGAGUUUAUAAAAAACCAUCUCUUUGAAAUUGUGAAAAGAUUAACGUCGGAUCUUGGAGAAAUGUCAAGUGAUGUUCUUGAUUUAUCAUUUUUGGCAUUAGAAGAACAGUAUACUAACUUGGUUCAGAAUGAAUCAGUAGCUUUCCCAAAGUUAUUGUCUGCGGGGUCGAGCUGUUUGGUGGGCGUGGUAAUAGAAGGACGGGUAUACGUUGCAAAUGUCGGGGAUUCUAGGGCGGUCUUGGCGCAACUGCCUAGGAAUAAACAACCCGUCCAAUUGGUCCGGGAGAAAGUGGCAGAGCUCAAACUAAAGGCUAAGCAAAAACUAGGCCUCCCAUCGAUGCAGGGGCAACUGGUUUACAUGAAACAACCCAUCCCAUGGACCUGGGAGCAACCACCCCGACCUCUCUCCCCACCCAUGGAGCCCAGACCAAUCGACCUAUCGUACCUGGAUGUCAAUCCAUAUAGGCGGCCAAAGCUCAACCGAGAUAUCAAAGCCAUCCCCUUAUCGACAGACCACAACGUAGAUCUGCCAUCUAUCCGGCGGGAGUUAAAAGAGCUGCAUCCUCGCUAUCCCAUGAUUGUCCCAUACGAUCACGAAAGAAAAAUCUACCGUGUCAAGGGCAUCCUUCGGACUUCAAGAUCAAUCGGCGAUGUUUACCUGAAGAGCUGGGAGUUCAACACAAGGCCUGAUUUGGCGAAAGAAUAUAAGGUGGAUAAGAAGUUUGAGAAGCCGAUCAUUUUGUAUAAUCCGGCCCUAGUCGACCAGGAGCUUCUCCCGGAGGAUAAAUUCAUUAUAUUUGCUUCUCAUGGGCUGUGGAAAUACGUUGCCGAUGAAGAAGCAGUUGACAUGGUUCUAAAUUCGUCGCGUAAGGGAAUAGCAAAGAAACUGUUGAAAAAAGCAUUGAGGAGAUGGGCAAUGCAUGCUCAUAAGUUGUCAUACAGGGAGCUGAAGAAACUCAACAUUACAAAGAGGAGACUGCUCCAUGACGACAUCUCGGUUGUAGUUCUCUUCCUAGAUCAAAAAUUGAUCGCUGGCGGCAGAUGCAACCAUCUCUCCCUAAAAGCUUAUGAAGCUAGCAGCAGCCAGCCUGAUAUUGGUGGAGCUAGCACCAGCCAGCAACAUAAAGGUAAAGGUAAAGCUAGCAGCAGCCAGCCUGAUACUGGUGGAGCUAGCACCAGCCAGCAACAUAAAGGUAAAGGUAAAGCUAGCACCAGCCAACUCCAUACUGGUGUAGCUAGCACCAGCAAGCAACAUGCUGAUGGAGAUAGCAGCAGUACCGAUCGAGCUAGUAGCAGGAGCCAGCCCCAUAUUGGUGAAGCUAGCAUCAGCCAGACCCCUACCGCCAUCAGCAAGUCCAAAACCUGGCCCGGCUUCUCACGAAGAAGAUACGAGACUUGAGCUCAAGGUAGUCUGAAUGUUAGGAAAUCACUGUUGAAUUGGCAUUUCUCUUUCCUCAAACUUGAUAUAAGUACAUGUUAGUGAUUAUACACAACUGAGUGGCAUAUGAAUUGUUGGUUGAUGUAUUAGGCCACAGAGCACUAUGAUAGUCAUCUGUGUGGCAGUUUUGCAUUUCCCCAAGUUAUUAAGUGCAACAGCCUGAGAGGGGAG